AAUAAAUCCUGAAUAAACACUCAAUGAAUCUUUUAAAAUCUUUAAUAAAUUUCCUUAAAAAAUACCCAACAGACCUCUUAAAGAAAACUUAUUGUGGAGGCCAUUGGACUCACCGGAAACUGAGCAUGGAGAUGACUCCAAAUUCCGAGCCCCCAGAGGGGUGCUUGAUGUUUGAUGGCCGGCGGGAGGAUUAUCAGCCAGCUGCUAUUGAUUCCGGGUUCUCCGGGAAUCCUGUUAAUCAAGUAAAUACAUUUAAUGAGACUGGUGGGAUUAGCAGCUUCCGUGAAGGACCAAAUAACAGAGAAAGUAAAGGUGGAAGGAUGGAGAAGGAAGUAAAAGAAAGAAUUGCAUUUAGAACAUGGUCAGAUUGUGACAUACUGGAGGAUGGGUACGAGUGGAGGAAAUAUGGAACGAAGACGGUGCUGAACAGUCCAUAUCCAAGGUAAGAAAAAAGAGUUGUAUAAAAAAAUUUCAAACGCACUAUAAAAAAGGUCUGCUUUUAUUGAGAAUUUAUGAAAUUCAAGCACUAAAAAUUGUUUUUUAAU